AUGCCAAUUCCGCAGAACGCAUUCAUAAAUGCAGCUAUUGUUUCAAGACUUUCAAGAGGAAUGAGCAUUGUCAAAGGCACGAGAGAAGUCGUCAAUACUCAGGAAAAGCCCUUUGUGUGCCGUUUCUGUGGACGAAAGUAUAGUCGCAGGUAUGUGCAUCUCUCAAAGCCUGAUGACCCAAUCGCCCGGAAUAAUCGUCUGCCUAUCAGAGAUCUUGUAGUCCGUCAUGAGAAAACCAUCCACGUCGAUGAAUUACACUCUAAGCGAAACCUCCCAGUAGGUGGGCCGAAGCAGAAGUCGCCGCUCAAGGGCACAUGGAUAGAGGCACAAGACGAGGUGCUCCGUGACGCCGACUCCAUUUCCACAUUGUGCCUCCCUGGUUCUGCGGCGGUGACCACGACGGUACUAGGUGGCGUUGAAACCUCACCCAGUCGAGGGGACAUGUCACAUCAGUGUCCGCCCAAUCACUCUGCCGACGCAUUGCUACAUGAGCCCACUGUUGGGACUAGUCACGCAAUCAACUCUGCCUCGCGUGGAACACGGUCCGGGGUACCAGCAAACGACACCCAACAAGAGCCUGCAGAGAUUGAUGUGGCCAUGCGAUCCGAGUCUCUUCCCCAACUGCCCUGUCACGAUUUGAGCUCCCUAGAUACCACGAUGCCGCCUUCAAAUUUCAUGGAUGUCUUGGUCGAUGCCGAUGUCGAUGCCGAUGUCGAUGCCGAUGUCGAUGCCGACAACUUGCUCUCGCUCGACUUUUUCGACCCUUUCCUUGGCUCGACUUUUGACUACUUCGCCUUCUCAACUCUACAAGCAGGAUUAGGCACGGUACAAUCUUCCCCCUUGGAGGAGUCGUCUCGCUACGGCACCAGUAUCGAUCCGCGGUCGUCUCCGCUUGCGAGGGAGCCUGCUAGCCUUUCUGGUCAUUUGUUAGGUGGUUCGCUCGACGAGCAGUUGCAGGCACAGAAAAAGAUACAGAGUUCGUCUGGGUUAUCACAAAGUAUCUCUCAGCCAUCGCCGAAGACACAAAUACAUGAUUUGGGUCGAAAACGGUCGUCGGAAGCGGAAGCUGCUUCCCUGGUGAACUCCACAGCGGUGUCAUCCACGGAACGAGCAGCCCUCAUUCUGACUGACUUGCAACGCGCCAAUCUCUUGGCUGAUCUCACAUCAAGCCUUGGACCUGAGGCCACGGCCAAUUUUCAGCUGCCGACCACAGCCGCUUUGCAGAGGUACCUGCGGACUUACCACGACGCGUUCCACAUACAUUUCCCGUUUGUGCAUCUGCAUUCCCUUUGCGUGGAACAACCUUUCACCCCCCUGAUCCUUGCCAUGUGUGCCAUUGGAGCACUUUACAGAUUGGAACGCAAAAGCGCAGCCGCUCUAUUCGUGAAAUCACACCAGCUGGUAGCAGCAGAAGAACAAAGCAUCGCGCAGCUAGCACAGAGUACACCCCGCUUCUUGGAGGGUUGGUCCAGGCCCAGCGACUCGCCGGGCUUGUAUCAUGAACCAUCAUUGGCCACGAGUCAAGCUCGGCUGAUUCUCACAUUCUUUGCUGCGUUCAACGGUGAUACUCUGUUGGUCAGAAAGGCCAUCGAAGAUUGUGGGAGGAUUGCAGCUGAUUUCCGUUCCAGAGCGUCCAUAAUCAGAGCCACUGCGCCUAGGAAAGACAUCUGCUCUUGGACGUCGUGGGUGCAAAGAGAGUCGAUGAAGCGCUUUCUAUGCGGCGCCUUUAUUUUAAGCAAUCUUCUUACCAUUACAUACGGUGUUCCGCCCGCGUUUCCUAUUUUUGAGAAUUGCGACAUCGAGAUGCCUUGCGAUGAUGCUCUUUGGCUGGCACCGACCGAAAGUUACUGGGAGCAAAUUGCCAGCCUUGGCCGACGGAGCUCCGAACUCAGUCUUAAAGACGCGGUGAGGGCGCUGCUGAAAGGAAAUUCUGAUCAGUCAAUUCCUAGCCUCUGCCUGACUUGGUCACCAUUCGCGACUGCUCUUGUGAUACACGCAGUGGCCAGCUCGGUUUGGUACCUCGUGCAAGGGACCAAUAUCUACGAGACUUUGCACGGGGCUUCAAAAAAUGAUUGUAGGACUGGUCUGUCAUUCACGGCUAAUGUGGAGGAGUCUUUGUCGCGAUGCAGAGCGCUCCUUGCCACCACGCGCAAUGAACACGACUCGACGUGGAACGAUAUGGAAGGCCCUUUACUGUUCAACGCUUUUGCGGUCCUCAGAGUCACGUAUGGCCGAGCCUUCACCAGCGUCGGUACAGUAGAUCGAACACUACUGUUGCGUCAGAAGCGCUCUGAUAUGCUGUCGGAGCUCCAGAAGUUUGUGGCCGCCCCACAAGAAAGAAACGAAUGCACAGCCAAAGCCGUGGCACGUGCUUCUGAAGGCCUGAAAAUUCCAGUGCGUGCUGGGCACUUUCUAACGUCCAAAACAGCCGCGUUCACGUGGAGUCUUGAACAUGCCCUGGCCGGGUGGGAUGCAGCGCUCUUCAUCACAAAAUGGGUGUACGCCAUCGAAAGAUCGCAGCAGACAAACCAGUUACUGCUUGCAGAAGAAACGUCCACCUUUCAUGGCAUAUGUGAUCUCUUGGAGGAAGCCGAUGUCAGCUGUAGCAGCGGUCAAACCGUUGCAGCGGAGCUGGCACGAUUUUGGGCCAUGUUCUAUGAUGACACUUGGGUAUGGGGUGUAACACCUCGAAUCGGCUGGGUCUUGCGACAACUCGCUUGCAUGUAUGAACAGAAUAUAUGA